GGAGCCCACGUGCAGCCCAGGUAUUCGGGGCUCCCUGGGAAGCCCCCAUGAUGGGAGUCCACCCCGAAGCCGGCAAAUCCUCAGUUGACAUCCCCAAAAGGUCCAGCACCUGCUCCCGGAGUAUUUUCUGCAACAUCAAGGUGUUUGUGCUGUGCCAUGGGCUUCUCCAGCUCUCCCAGCUCCUCUACAGUGCCAACUUCAAGAGCAGCCUUACCACCAUUGAGAAGCGCUUUGGGCUCUCCAGUCUCUCUUCAGGUUUCAUCUCCAGCUUGCACGAGAUCGGCAACGUGGUCCUCAUCAUCUUCGUCAGCUACUUCGGCAGCCGAGUUCACCGCCCACGGGUGAUCGGUGUGGGGGGGCUGCUGCUGGCAACGGGAGCGUUCUUGGUUACCCUGCCCCACUUCCUAUCAGACCCUUAUGAAUACACCACACUUAGCACCGGUAACAAAAGCCAGGUCUGGGGUGAACUCUGCUAUGCAGAGACUAAGUUUGUGUGCCCAAACGCCACUCAGAAUCCACAGAAGAAGGCCAGCAGCAUAUGGGCAAUGAUGGUUAUCGCCCAGCUGCUGGCUGGAAUCGGGACGGUUCCCAUCCAGCCCUUUGGGAUAUCCUACGUAGAUGACUUUGCAGAAGCAAACAAUUCCCCGCUGUAUGUUGCCAUCCUCUUUGCCAUUGCUGUGUUUGGCCCUGCUUUUGGAUACUUGCUGGGAUCUGUGGUGCUGCGACUCUUUGUGGAUAUUGGAAGAGUUGACAUUGCUACAGUGGCCCUGACACCAAGGGACCAGCGGUGGAUUGGAGCCUGGUGGCUGGGACUGCUGAUCUCCUCAGGCUGCUUGGUGCUCACAUCUAUUCCUUAUUUCUUUUUCCCUCGGUACAUGCUGAAAGGAGAGGACCCCAACGUGGAGGCCGGCAUGCUCAGGAAGUUGGAGAAGGGGGUGGCUGAAGAAACCUCCCUGCUGGAAUUUAUAAAAAGAUUCCCAAAGAUCUUCCUCAGGCUGCUCCUCAACCCCCUCUUCAUCCUCCUGGUGCUGGCUCAGUGCAGCUUCUCCUCAGUCAUUGCGGGACUCUCCACCUUCCUCAACAAGUUCCUGGAGAAGCAAUACAGUGCCUCCCCCUCAUAUGCCAACUUUCUCAUAGGAGCUGUGAACCUGCCAGCAGCAGCGCUCGGGAUGCUCUUAGGAGGAAUCAUCAUGAAACGCUUUGCCUUUUCCCUCCGAGCCAUCCCCCGGUUUGCUGUGGUGGUGCUCGUUUUCUCCAUCCUCAUCUGCCUGCCCAUUUUCUUCAUGGGCUGCUCCACAGGGCACAUCGAUGGGAUCUACCCCCCCAGUACAUUGAGUUCCCAGCAGCAGGUUAAGAUGCCGAGUGGGUGCCAGUGCUCUGAGCACAUCUUUCACCCGGUGUGCGGAGAAAACAACGUGGAGUACAUCUCCCCCUGCUUUGCUGGCUGCACGAACAGCACUGCUAAUUCUUCCACUCCCAAACAAGUGAUUUACAAGAAUUGUUCCCUGAUCCCUGCUGUGAACGGGCUGUCCUCCGCCAAGACAGGCUCCUGUCCUCUCAGCUGCUCCCACAUGCUUCUUCCUGCCAUGUUCCUCAUCUCCUUUGCUGCCCUGGUAGCCUGCCUGUCCCACAACCCCCUCUACAUGAUGGCAAUGGGGGUGGUGAACCAGGACGAGAAGUCAUUUGCCAUUGGAGUUCAGUUCUUACUAAUGAGGCUGCUGGCCUGGCUGCCGGCUCCAGCCAUGUUCGGUGCCCUCAUCGACUCCUCCUGCAUCUACUGGCAGAAGCAGUGCACCCAACGCCAGUUCUGUGCCUACUACAACAACGACUUCCUCCGCAACAGAUACCUGGGGUUGCAGGUGGGCUACAAGGUGGUGGGCACCAUCCUCCUCGCCCUCAUCGGCUGGAAGGUGAAGAGGAGCAAGGAGUACAACGUGCAGGAGAAGGCAGCAGGGCUGAUGUAGCCCACCCAAGGACUGACUUCACACCCCCUGUUACCCACUGCCAGUACUUUGUCUUUUUUGGGUUUUUCCCUGUAAGGGGGCGACUUCACCUUAGCAGCUCUGAGCU